ACUUUGCAGCGUGAGAGCCAAAGUCGUUCGUCAGGCCCCAUGGAGCCGGUGCGGUGUCUGGAGCAUGGGACCCUUUGCUUCCUGAAGACCGGAGUCCGCGAGGGCCCCAAUAAGGGCAAGAGCUUCUUCGUGUGCCGGGCGGAAGCGUGCGGCUUCGUGCGGCCCGUCGACAUUCCUAUUUCUCAUUGUUUAUUACAUGAAGAUUGUGUGGUAGAACUUCAGGGUUUGCUUCAGCCGCAAGACAAGAAAGAAUACAGAUUGUUCUAUCGAUGUAAUCGAAGUAAAGCAGAGAGGAAACAUUGGUGUGGAAGCAUUCCCUGGCAGCCGCCUAGUGCUAAAGAACAAUUAACUGCCAGUAAAACCCAUGAUUCAUCUGAUUGGCUCCAGCGUUCCAACCACCUAAGAAAUCCUUUUAAAACUUUAGACAAGAAUCAAGAACCGUCCCUCUGGAAAAAAUUAAACAGUGGUGAAAAUGAAGAAAAGAAUGCUGAAAAGAAGGGGAAGGAAAAGAAAGAUCAGCUUUUGCCACAAAACAAGGAGCAGAAAUCUUUGCCUGAAUCCCGUGUGCAAGAGAACCUGGAUGUGGGAAUAAGGAAACCUCAGGCUGCAGCUCAAGAAAGGAGAGAUACUGAACCAGAGAAAGGAACAGUACUUCAGAAGAAAGCAAUUGAUCCCAAAAUUUCAUACCCAAGAAGCUUUUCUCAGGUUAAGCCAGAUCUGCCUAAUGAGGAAGACCUGAGGAAACAGUCUAUUCCUCUUAAGGAGAAGAAAUCAAAAGAUACAAGUCCCUUAUUCCCAGGUGAAUCAUCUCCUCAGGGGAGAAGUGAAUCUAAGCAUAGACCUCCAGGUGCUGUGAGUCUGGGCACUGUAAACAAGGCCCAGAGAGAUCAGCACAAGAACUCUGAGACCAAAGAAACAAAGGGAAAGGUUGAUCUUGACCCACAGUUAAAACAGAAGAGUCAAAGCCUAGUGCAACCAGGGAUUCCCAGAGCACCCCCUCAGAAAGGGGCUGAUGAGCCAUCUGUAUCAUUAGCUGCUCCAGGAGAAAGGAAAGGCAUCAAUGAAAGCAGUGAAAAUGUUAUUUCCUCCAAACCAGGAAAUUCCCUACAGGUUCAGGUGGCGAAAGAUUCAACACAGAAAGAGAAUCUUAAAGUACUUGAGACAAGUGAACCAAGAUCAAUCCCAGGAUGCAUGAAAACUUUGAAGAAAGUGGAACCUUUAGACCCCAUGGUCCAACGUUUGCAUCUCACAGCGCAACUGAAGCAAAAAAAGAGUACUCUGGCAUCAGUGAACAUCCAGGUUCUUCCAGACAAGGGUGAGAGGCUCCUCAAACAAGUUCAGGAUUUGCAGGCUGCACUUGAUGCACUGUCCCUCACCACAGCAACAAGUACAGAUCAAGAAGCUCCUUUCAUGGUGUCACCCAAACCAGUGCAACUUCAGGAUUCUCACCCACCUGGUUCUUUGGAAUUGCAUGUUCCUAACCAGACAUCUGUUGGAAAAUCCAGCCAGCAUGAUGGAGACAAAGUCCAUUUGUAUGGGGGCCGGAUGACCCAAGAUCGCCUUCAGGCUGUGUGGAAAGUUACAAGUGAAGCCAUUGAUCAGCUCCACAAGUCUCUUGAAUCAUGUCCUGGCAAGGAGACAGUGGCAGAAGAUCCAGAUGGGUUAAAGGUCCCUUUGCUUCUUCAUCAGAAGCAAGCACUGGCUUGGUUGUUAUGGAGAGAGAAUCAAAAACCUCAUGGAGGAAUUCUAGCGGAUGAUAUGGGCCUAGGAAAGACCCUAACAAUGAUUGCACUCAUUUUAGCCCAGAAAAAUCAAGAGCAGAAGAAAAAAAAAGACCAAAAGAUUGUAUUAUCAUUUUCCAGAGAUGAUUCCACCAGCUUUAUAUCCCAUGGCACUCUAAUUAUCUGCCCUGCCUCCCUAAUUCAUCAUUGGAAAAAGGAAAUAGAAAAACGUGUGACUGGCAACAUACUGAGAAUCUAUCUUUACCAUGGGUCUAAUCGGGAGCAACAUGCAAAGGUCCUCUCUAGAUAUGAUGUAGUAAUCACCACCUAUAGUCUUCUUGCCAAGGAGAUCCCUACCAGGAAAGAAGAGGGAGAUGUCCCUGCUACUGAUGCCAGUGUGGAGGACUGCAAAUCCCCAUUGCUCCAAGUAGUCUGGGCUCGCAUCAUACUGGAUGAGGCUCAUAAUAUUAAGAAUCCCCGAGUGCAGACCUCCAUAGCUGUAUGCAAGCUACAAGCUGGCGCCCGCUGGGCUGUCACUGGAACCCCUAUUCAGAACAACCUACUGGACAUGUAUUCAUUAUUAAGGUUUCUCCGUUGUUCUCCAUUUGAUGAGUUCAAGCUAUGGAAGAGUCAGGUCGACAAUGGUUCAUCAAAAGGAGGAGAGAGGUUAAAUAUUUUAACCAAGAGUCUUUUGCUGAGGAGAACAAAAGACCAACUGGAUUCAACUGGCAAACCCCUGGUGGUGUUGCCUCAACGUCACUUAAAGUUGCACAAGUUGAAACUUUCAGAAGAUGAAAAAGCUGUGUAUAAUGUCCUUUUUACAAAAUCAAGGUCAACUCUACAGUCCUACCUAAAACGUCAUCUGAGUGAAAACAAGCACUCUGGAAGGAGCCCUGAUAAUCCAUUCAGUAGAGUAACAAAGGAAUUUGAGUCUUGUGACCCUGGACCUAGCACCAGAGCUGACUCCCAGGGUUCUAGCACUGUCCACAUACUAUCAUUGUUGCUGAGACUCCGCCAGUGCUGUUGUCACCUCUCUUUAUUAAAAUCGACUCUUGACCAGACUGAGCUGAAGAGUGAAGGCCUUUUCCUUUCACUGGAGGAGCAGCUCAAUGCUUUGACCUUGUCAGAACUCCAUAACCCAGAUUCAUCUGCCACUGUCUAUCUUAAUGGUACACAAUUCAAGAUGGAGCUCUUUGAAGACACAAGAGAGAGUACCAAGAUAUCAUCUCUGUUAGCAGAGCUGGAGCUGAUCCAGAAAAAUUCAGAGUUUCAGAAAAGUGUCAUCGUGUCUCAGUGGACCUGCAUGUUGAAAAUUGUGGCUAUGCAUCUGCAGCGCCAUGGGCUGACUUAUGCUGUCAUCGAUGGUUCCGUUAAUCCCAAACAGAGGAUGGACUUGGUAGAGGCCUUCAACAACAGUGGUAGGGGGCCCCAGGUGAUGCUGAUCUCUCUCUUGGCUGGAGGUGUUGGACUGAACCUGACUGGAGGGAACCACCUUUUUCUUCUGGACAUGCACUGGAAUCCUGCACUUGAGGACCAAGCUUGUGACCGAAUUUACCGAGUUGGACAGAAAAAAGAUGUGGUUAUACACAGGUUUGUUUGUGAGGACACAGUAGAAGAGAAGAUCUCACACCUUCAGACCAGGAAGAAGGAUUUGGCCACACAGGUUCUGUCUGGAUCUGGGGAAUCCUUCACCAAACUCACUCUCGCUGACCUCAGAAUCCUCUUCGGUGUCUAGGACAGACUUGAACAACCUGACUAGAGAAUUUUCAGAUGCUUCUCAUCUCAACUUGUUUGGGCAUCUGCACCCUGAGUUCAUCAAUUCUCUAUAUGGAGUGGAUGGCAUUUUACAUCAUGAUUCCUUUGAAGUUGUGCUGGAUCAUUAUACUGGACAGAUUGUUCUGGUUCUGCUUACUUCACUUUCCAUCAGUUCUUCUUCUCCCCCCCCCCC